AUGAUCCCGGCAACAAGUUCGGUCUCCGAAUCCGAAGCUCUUCUGAAACUCAAAGAAUCAUUGACAAAUGCGACCGCUCUCGGCUCGUGGAAGCCCGGGACAGAGCCGUGCGCCGAAAACAAUCAUUGGGUCGGCGUAAAAUGUGCGAAUGGCGUCGUCACGGGCCUCCGCCUCGGCAACUUGGGUCUCUCGGGAACUAUAGACGGCUACGCAUUGGCUUCUCUUCCUCACCUCAGAAUCGUCAGCUUCAUGUCCAACGCUUUCUCGGGCCCGCUCCCCGAUUUCAGCCCCCUCGGCAAUCUCCGUGCUCUGUUCCUAUCGACCAACCAAUUCUCGGGCGAGAUCCCAUCCGACUAUUUCGCGAAAUUGGAGGCCCUGAGGAAGGUUUGGUUGUCCGGGAACGGGUUUUCCGGCCCGGUCCCACCUUCCCUAGCCCACCCGGCCCAUCUGGUCGAGGUGCACCUUGAGAACAACCGGUUCACGGGUCCAGUCCCGACGCUUGAGCAGCCGUCCCUUGUCUCCCUCAACCUCUCCAACAACCAUCUCGAGGGCGAGAUCCCCGCGGGCCUGUCGAGGUUCGGGCCGGACGCGUUUCUUGGCAAUCCCGGGCUGUGCGGCGCGUACCUGGGCAGGCCGUGCCCCGACAAGGCCAACAGGAUGAAGAUCGCCGUGUGGGCCCUGUUCACGUCCCUCGUGGUCCUGUUCGCCCUCAUGAUAAUCGGGAUAUACGUGCUGAAGCGGAGGCAGGACAGGAGUGCCGAGGGAAAUUUCGAGCCCAGCAUCCCACGGGCGAUUUCGGGGGGCGGCGGAGAUGCGAGGGGAUGGAAGGCGUUAGAGACGGGCCGGACCGGGUCAGGUCGAUCCGGGUCAGGGAGGAAGGGGUCGGGGAGGCUGGGGAAAGGGGUUGGGGACAUGGUGAUGAUAAACGAGGAGAAGGGAGAGUUUGGGCUGGCGGACCUGAUGAAGGCGGCGGCCGAGGUUCUGGGGAACGGGCCUUUGGGCUCGUCUUACAAGGCGAGCAUGGCGGGUGGGCUCACGGUGGUGGUGAAGAGGUUGAAGGAGACGACGAAGAUGGGGAAGGAGCAGUUCGACUCGGAGGUGAGACGGCUCGGGAGUUUGAGGCACAAGAACUUGCUGACGCCGUUGGCGUAUCAUUACAGGAAGGACGAGAAGCUGCUGGUGUACGAGUAUCAGCCCAAGGGCAGUUUGUUUCUCGUGUUGCACGGCGACCGCGGCAUCUCCCACGCGCAACUCACGUGGCCUGUCCGGCUGAAGAUAAUCCAAGGGAUCGCCCGGGGGCUGGCCUACCUCCACGCCAAUCUCCCCUCCCUCGACCUCCCACAUGGCAACCUCAAGUCCGCGAACGUCUUCCUCUCCCCCGACCACGAGCCCCUCCUCUCCGACUACGGGCUGGCCCCCCUCAUCAGCCCGGCCCAUGCUGCCAAGGCCCUCGAGGCCUACAAAUCUCCCGAGUCCACAGUUUCCCCGAAAUGCGACGUAUACUGCCUGGGGAUCAUAAUCUUGGAGAUGCUGACAGGGAAGGCGGCAGGUGAGGGGAGGGAUGUGGUCCAGUUGGUGAGGUCGGCCAUGGCAGAGGGGAGGGAAGGGGAGGUGCUCGACCCGGAUGUCCAGAUCAGCAACAAGGAGUGGAGGGGGGAGAUGGAGAGGGUUCUGCGGGUCGGGGCAGAGUGCACGGAGGAUGAACCGGAGAGGCGGCCCGAUGCGGGGGAGGCGGCCAGAAGGGUGGAAGGGAUCACGAGGACCGUCAAGUUCAGGACGUCAUCUGGGGGUCUCUACGGAGGAGGUGGGGAGUCAGGGGACGAGGACGACAUUGACAGGGCCUGA